AUAUGUCAUAAUUAUAUACGUGCAUGUCUGUGUGUAGUAAUAGAUAAUCACUGGUGUGUACAUAUACACACUCGUUCUAAAUGUAAACAAAUUGAGCCGGAUAUUGAACAUAAAAGCUAUGUUUCUAUUCAGGUGAAGCGCUGCAUGUCUCAAAAACAGUGGGAUAUAAAUUACCUGAAAGUGUCAAUUUCAUUAAGACCUUCCAUAUAAGCUGGGUGGAUAUUGUGUGUAAUUGAGGAUUGAACCGCCAUGGGUUACGGUCAAGGACAUGGGUUUGGUACGGGGAUGGCACGUGGGAAGACCGAGAGGGUAGCCGUUCCAGCGAUGCCGAUGCCUCUGGCAAUACUUUGUUGUGUACUCAACUUUCUGAUACCUGGUCUUGGUACGAUGCUAGCGGGUCUCAGUGUGUGUUGUUGCUCGAGAAAUGAGGAUAUGUCGGCGGGGUCACGGGUUGGAAGUUGUUGUAUCAGUUUUGCUAUAGGGCUUCUACAACUUCUAUUGACAGCUCUAUUGUUACUGGGCUGGAUAUGGAGCUGUGUGUGGGGUGUUUUCUUUCUGGGCAUGUCAGCCGAGUAUUAUCAUGAUAACCCACCAGAGGGCGGUACAGUACUCCGACCGGGUGGAACUCAGAGCACUGUUGUCGUGCAGCCGGGAAGCGCUGGGUACCAGUAUGGCUAUCCGGCUUCUCAACCGGUGCAGCCUUACACGGGGGGAUACAGUCCACAACAACCACAGCAAGGAUACCCGCCACCUCAGCAACAAGGCUAUCCACCACCUCAACAAGGUUACGCGCCACCUCAACAACAGGGAUACCCACCACCCCAGCAACAAGGCUACCCGCAGUCAUCUGGAUACGGAGAGGCGCCACCUCCUUAUACUGAAUCAGAAACCACGCCGUCGGCGCCUCCGGAACACAAAAUGAAAUUGAAUUAGUUUUUUGAAAGAAGGACAAAGGGUAAAACGACAUUUAGCAUUUAAUUUCAGCUCGUUAAAAACCCAUUUUAGUUUGUUUUGUUUUUUUUUGUUAUUUGAUAACAGUUUAUUGUCGUAAUAGAUUUUGUCUUACAAGUUAAGUUUUUUACUCCCGAAGAUUUAAAUGUUUCGGGAACAAGCUAUCUGAAUGCUAAAAUAGGCAGUGUUUGGAUAACAAUACAUGUACCUAUGACUAUGGUGACUGAUACAUAUUUCAUACAAGAUCAUGUAUUUAUAAUUCAGCUGGCGUUACUAUUUAUUAUGUUUCUAUGGUUACAUAAAACAAAAUGGCGUAUAAUGAAUCUAUUAACUUAACAAAUUAAAGAAUAUUGAACGAAAGUUUUUCAGUGAAAAUAAGAGAAACUCUUUUGCCCACCAAAACUAUCAAAAGCGAGUCCGUGACGUCAGUAACACUGUUGAUUGUCCGCCAAUUUCUGAAAUUCCAAUCUUUUUCAAAUACGAUCUGAUUUUGAAAUCUCAGUCAGGUUUAUCAAUGAAUGGAAGAGGACUUGUAAACAAUUUCAACCUGUUAUUAGGGUUUUAUUUCAUUUUGAUAAAAUGUUUAAGGUUUUGACAAUGCGUUGAGUUCUUCUGAGGUUUAGAAUGGUUGUGUGUAAAUGUAAAAUCUUCACUUAAAACUAGAUAUAGCAGAAAAUUUUACAUUUCAAUGUUGAAAUUUCUGACGUUAUCAAUGAUUGAUAAUUCCGGAUCAGUCUUUUUCUGUUUAAAUUCAGUUGGCCUUAUUUUAAAACUGCACUCAUUUAGAACACGUUUGAUACUUCAGAGUAGUUUUCCCGUAAUUACAUGCUGAGCGCAUUGUCACUUGCUGAUGCCAGAUAGGGUUGUAUUAUGAUUUUGCCAGAAUGUAUGACAAACUAUAGUGUUGAGAUAGUGGGCCCGUUUAACGUCACGGCGAUCUCUCCUUACAUGUUGUUAAAUUGAAUAGUUUCGUGCUGAGGACGAGGAAUGUGCACUAGAGAACAAGUUGACGCAAUGCUAGUUGGUACAUGUAUCCAUACUAAGUGCUGUGGUAUGGCAACGUUUUUAAUAGUUUACUGUUUCAGAGAUUCAGUCAUUAGAUUGGUGCACACAAUACGGGCAUUCGUGAAUAUCUUUAAAUAUGUUGGUAAUAAGCCUUGAUAAUGUGUUAGAAUCGAAAUAAUAUAUCUCAAAGAUUGAUUUCCUCUUGAAUAAAAUCAUUGUCGUUUAGAUGCGUAUUAUUAUAUCACUCGGACUGCGCCAUUCUGCUAUAAUUCCUUCGCAUCUGAAAUCCAAACAAAGAUUUUAUUCAACGAUAUUUGAUCUAUUUCUUAUUUCUAUAUAGAUAACACGAGUUUUCUAUAUUUUUUUUCUUAUUUGCCUGAACAUGACAGGAAUUGUUACACAAAACGAUAGUACUAGCAAGCCUCCAAGUGGUUUGUUGCCUGGUUUUUCACGGUUCAGAGUUCAGUUGCGCAUGAACUGAACCACGAGGGCGUAAGCCGGAGCAGUUAAAUAUCUAAGUAUGGUCAGUUACACGAUAAGCAACAAAAAGGCCUUGAUUAUUUCAUUCAUUCAAAUAUUUUGAUAAUAAGUUCGUCAUAAUGUUUUUACCAGUACACGCGUCGUUUAUUGCGGAAUAUACAUAGCUUUGUCUACUUCUUUGUUGAAGUGAUAAUCAAAUCAAGUCCCGUUAGAAUCUGUUGUUUACCAGGAAUUUGGUGUAUAUCGGGUCAGCGCUUAACGUCUCUUGACCAAUAAUUGAUGCCGGAAUCUUGUAACAGGCAAACUAAGGGUAUACAAUAUAACUUCGAGUAAAAUAUGCCAGAUUAAAAAUUGUUGAAUCUACCAAGGACUUAGUUUCAGAAUUUCCCGACUUAAUUAAACACACAUGACUAUAUGGACUCUGAUCAUCGAUGAUUUUGAUGACAAAACUUGUUUUUUUUCUCAUCUUUUUCAAAAAAAAAUAUGAUUAUGAAGGGAGGUACAAUUUUCCUUUGAAGUCUUUCAUUCAUCUUUUUUAUAUACCGUAAUUGUAUGAUUUAUAUGUGUUUCAAUGAAUUUGUUCAAUAAGGUCAGAGUGUGGAAGAGUGUGUGUGAGAGAGACGGUAUGUUUUACGUAUAUUCAGUUCCAAAAGAAAGUGUGCACUUUUUAAGUUUAAAUAUUUCAAAAGAUUCCCCGACGUUUUUGUUUCAUUUUUUCAUACACUAACUCUCAGGUAUAACUCAAACUUUCUAAAAUGCACACCAAUUUGUUUACGAACUGAUUUAAAUUUUGGUACCAAACAUUAUAAGUUUUCAUGAAAAUAACCGAGAAAAAGUAACAGAAAACUAAGUGCACACUUUCUUUUGGAACUGAGUGUAUACAUGUACUGUUGCAUUUAAAAAGUGAGUCGUCUCAUCAAAUGGAAAAAAUGACGUCGUUUUUAUACGUUAUGUAAUGACAUCAGUUUUACAUUAUAAUUAUGAAUAAAUCCAAAUUAAUCUUAAACAUUCUUACCAGAAUUUAAAAUAAUAAUAUAAAAAAAACAUGUACCGGAUAUUUGCAAAACCAUUGUGUCAAUAUAUGUUAUCUUGCAGUCCCACUUUACGGGAUGAUUCACAAUUAUAACUUGUAUAUAACUACAAAAACACAUGCUGUAAAAUAAUAUUUUA